CGGUCAAAUUACAUUAUAUGAAUAGUGACAAAAGUUUUCGCCCUUUAUUUAGUACUCAGCUGAUGAAAAUAUCCUCAAUUUCUAUUUUUCUGGGAUUUAUAAAUAUAUUUAGUAAAUAAAAAAUAAUAAUAGAGCUGUGAAUUUAUUGUCUGAAAGAAAAAACGUGCUGAAGUCAAUGUAAAAAGACUCACUCAGAUCCCGUCAAAAAAACAAAAAAAAACUCAAUCAGACACUUUCUCUCUCCUCCGACACUGGUAAAACUCUUCUUCUGAACUUCAAUAUUUUGAGGUGAUAAGAAAAAAGAGGGAAAACAAAACAAAAUUUGGAAAUAAAAGAAACAAAAUUUGGAAAAUUAAGAAGGAAAAAUAUAUAUAUAUAUAAAGAAGCAAAAUCAGCUGAAAAAGUUAGCUAACUUCAGUUCAUUUGUUGCUGCUACAUCUUAUUUUGAAUAUUCGAAGCAAAUAUACCAAAAGAAAAGCUCUUGGCGUCAUUAAUGGUGGAUUUGAGAUUAAGAAGCUGUACAAGGAUGUGUGGUUGAGGAUUGGUUCCUAGGAAAGGUUGAUGUUGAGAAAAUGAUCUAAUAAUUGUACAGAAGAAAGUUGUAAUGGAGACCAAUUAUAACGAUGAGGAUAUGCUUGGAAAUGUCAUUAGGCCAUCGUCACUGCGACCCUUAAAGACUACAUUGUCUGGAAGAUCUACCCCUAGGUCCUCGCCCACAUUUCGGAGGCUUCCUUCUAGUCGAACACCUAGGCGAGAGGGUAGAUAUAGUGGGGGUACAUUUCAGUGGUUUAGGAAUGGUCGGGUGGUGUACUGGUUACUUUUGAUUACUUUGUGGACUUAUGGUGGAUUUUACAUCCAGUCAAGGUGGGCUCAUGGGGAUAAUGGAGAAAAUCAAGUUGGGUUUGGAAGUAAUUCUAGGAACCAGUAUGUUGAUUCUGGGCAGAAUCAGCGUCGUGAAUUGAAAUCAGAUGAUAAUUUUGUUAAUGCGAAAAAUAGGUCUAGUCAUAGUCUGGUAGGAUAUGGGAGCAAGUUAAACAAUAGCAUGGAUUCAUCCUUGGCUGAACAAGAAAAUGUUAUUCUACCUCCUAGAAUUAAACCUCCUCGGACUGUACCUUCAAAGAAGAGGAACAAGAAAGGAAGGCGUGGUUCACAAAGUAAAACUCGUGGGAAACAUAAGAUUGGGCAAGAAUCCAGAACAAGAGAUGUGGAGGAGGUGCUGGAAGAGGAGAUUCCAAUGAGUAAUUCAUCCUACCGAUUGCUUGUUGGUCCAUUUGGCUCUACUGAGGAACGAGUUCUGGAGUGGAGCCCUGCAAAAAGAACAGGAACAUGUGAUAGGAACGAGCUCUUUGCACGUCUAGUAUGGUCGAGGAACUUUGUCUUGAUUUUUCAUGAGCUGUCAAUGACCGGGGCUCCCCUUUCCAUGCUGGAGCUGGCAACAGAGCUCUUGAGUUGUGGAGCAACAGUUCAGGCUGUAGUUCUAAGUAGACGGGGUGGUUUAAUGGCAGAGCUCGUAAAGCGAAGGAUCAAGAUCGUUGAUGACAAGGCAGAACACAGCUUCAAGACUGCCAUGAAAGCCGAUCUUGUUAUUGCUGGAUCAGCAGUCUGUUCACACUGGAUUGAGCAAUAUCUUGCAUAUUUCAAUGCUGGCUCGAACCAAAUUGCUUGGUGGAUCAUGGAGAAUCGGCGUGAGUACUUUGAUCGGUCAAAAGCCUUGCUCAACCGAGUAAAAAUGCUUGUAUUCCUUUCCGAAUUACAGUCCAAGCAGUGGCUUGAUUGGUCGAAAGAGGAAAACAUUACAUUGACUACCCAAACAGCUUUGAUCCCCCUUUCUGUCAAUGAUGAAUUGGCCUUUGUAGCAGGAAUCCCCUGCUCACUUAAUACUCCUUUAUCAAACCCAGAGAAAAUGUCACAGAAGCGUGAGAUGCUUCGACAUGCUGUGAGGCAGGAGAUGGGAUUGACAGAUCAUGAUAUGCUUGUCAUAUCUCUAGGUAGCAUCAAUGCUGCUAAGGGUCAGCUCCUGCUUGUUGAAUCAGUUCAUUUGGUAAAUGAAGAGCAACCUUCUCCAAGUAAAGUCAAAUCAAAGACUUCACUGGAGCCAGAGAAAAAGACAUCGAAAUUGGCUAGGAAGUUUCAUUUAAGAGGUUUACCUUUGAAAUCGAGUAAAACUAAAGGGUCUUCCCGGAGCAGUAUAUCUGAUGGCCUGUCACUGAAUCACUCGAAUCCCACGACAUCUGGUCUCACCCAGAGUAUUUUUAGAGUUAAUUCUAGCCAUGAAGUUCCUGAACAAAAGCUUAAGGUUCUGAUUGGUUCAGUUGGAUCCAAAAGCAACAAGGUGAUGUAUGUGAAAGAAAUUCUUGAAUAUUUAUCAAAGCAUUCAAAUUUGUCAGAAUCCAUCCUGUGGUCCCCAACAACAAAAAGUGUUGCUUCACUUUAUUCUGCAGCAGAUGUUUAUGUCACCAAUUCCCAGGGGCUUGGAGAGACAUUUGGAAGAGUGACAAUCGAGGCUAUGGCAUUUGGUCUGCCCGUACUUGGAACAGAUGCAGGUGGUACAACAGAAAUAGUCGAGCAAAAUGUUACGGGUCUCCUUCAUCCUGUGGGACGCCCAGGCAGUAAAGUGCUGACUGAACAUCUCAGGUACUUGCUGAAAAACCCAUCAGUUAGGCAGCAAAUGGGACUGAGAGGUAGGGAGAAAGUAGAGAAGAUGUACUUAAAGAGGCAUAUGUACAAGUUGUUCUUCGAGGUCUUGUUCAAGUGCAUGCGAAUUAAAUAAAUUUUCUGAUAUUGGAAGAUAUUUUUUUUCCUGCAUACAAAAUCUCAUGGAAUUAGAGUUUACUGAUAGCAUUAGAAAUAAACAACAUGCCAGCAAUCGGUGAACAUUGGACUGUCUCUUAUUCUAGGAGUUGUGUCCUAAUCUUCUGGCUUUUGCGAAUAGCAAUGACAAUGAAGACCAGUAAAGUUUGUCAGUAGAGGUUGAGAAUCUGAUAUCAGAGCUUCCCCACCUAUGAAGUUUGUCAGUAAAGAUAGAAAGUUAGAAACAAACUCGAGUUACGGAAGGGUGUUUUGACCCAUUGGAGCUUUUUUGGUUUUUGGUGAUAAUCAUCUGUCUUGUACUUUUGAUUCUCUUGUAGCAUUCACAGUGUACUCUCCAAAAAUUCUUCAUCACAAAAAAAAUUUAGAGCACUUGACCCUUCUUGUGCAGCAA